AUUUAGUACACAAAUUACAUCAGAGGUUUUUAAUUGCCAACCAAAAAGGAAAGAAAUCAGCUUUAGUUUCUAUUCAAAUUUGCUCACAAGGCAAAGAAACAUCAAUGAAUGAAAAAAAAAUGAGUUCACUCGUGAAUCAGCUGAUUUCCUCGUCCACCAUGUCCGAAGAAGAAGAAGCAUUCCGCUAUGCUUAGUGUUUACGAACCUCCGGCAUAGUUCCUUACGUUUUGGAUGCCGCAAUCCAGCUCGGUGUCUUCGAUAUAUUAGCGAAAGCAGGUCCCCAUGCCGAGCUUUCUUCCAACCACAUCGCAUCGGAGAUUCAGGCGAAGAACCCCGACGCCCCUUCCCUUCUCGAUCGCAUGCUUCGGCUCCUCGCCUGCUAUGGUUUAGUCACCGGCGGCACCGAUAAUGGAGAAGAUGGUGAAAGAGUCUAUGGACUUACUUUGGCUGGUAAAGCUUUUGUUAAUGACGAAAAUAAUGGAUCUUUGGUUGCUUCUAUUAUGAACAAGGGCAAGGUUGAACUCUGGUUACAGUUUAAAGAUCUGGUCCUUGAAGGUGGGAACCGUUAUGAGAAGGUGCGUGAGAUGCCCUUUUAUCAAUAUACGAGCUUAAAUCCCGAACAUGCUAAGGGUUUUGACACCGAAAUGACAAAUCUUUCGAAGAUAACAGUGAAGAAAAUACUUGAGAGAUACAAUGGAUUCCAAGGGGGAACGACUUUGGUAGACGUUGGGGGUGGAUAUGGGGUUACACUCAACAUGAUCAUCUCCAAAUACCCUUCCAUUAAAGGCAUUAACUAUGACUUGCCUCAUGUUGUACAAGCAGCCCCAUCUUUCCCUGGCAUUGAGCAUGUAGGAGGAGAUAUGUUCUCAAUUGUUCCCAAAGCAGAUACCAUAAUGAUGAAGGAAAUUCUUCACAAUUGGGAUGAUGAGCAUUGCUUAAAACUCCUAAAAAACUGCUACGAAGCAUUAGAAGAGAGAGGGAAAGUGAUAGUAAUAAGUUUCAUUAUGGUUGAGGAAACAGAGGCAAGUAAUGCAGCUAAGUUUAUUUGUCAAAUGGAUCUGAACAUGGCUAUGCUAUUUGGUGCAAAGGAAAGGACUGCAAAACAGUUGAAGUCUAUGGCCAUGGAUGCUGGGUUUUCAAGCUUUCAACUCAAGUGCCUUGUUUUCAAUGUGAUUGCUGUCAUGGAAUUCUAUAAAUGAUUAAUUUCCAUGGUGAUAUGAUGUGUCUGAUUUGGUUAAAUAAUUAAGGAUUUAGGGUUUGUUUUUGUAAUCUUAUGAACUGAAUCAUUGGAUCUUUGAUUAUUAUUA